UACAGCCAACCUAUCUGCCUUUCAAACAAGAACUUCUUUUCUGCUAGUUAUUCCAUAUUGACUUGUCUGUUCAGUGUGCUUUGUCUUUCAUUCCUUCUCCUUGUGACACAGCAGAAAGCAAUAUCACUGUAAAAAGUUUCGUCCGGCUUUGUCAGAGUAUCAUAUCCUCAUGUCUGAACGACCAUAGUCGAGUACUCAGUCGGCUAUAGGGCUUAUAGCUCUGCUAAUUCUAAUCUUGACUUCCUGCUCCUAUGAGCACUAUUACUCCGAGAUACGAAAUCAGUUCCUUUCGGGGAAUGGUAACCAAAUAUACGAUGCAGGGUGUCUCCCAAGGCUACGGGGACGGAAGACUAUUACGAUCUAACACACUACCAACUCCAUGGGGAAGACCGGAAUAUCGAGCACCGAACAAGAAUUCUAUCAUACGAGGCUCUCUUUCUCCGGAUCGAGAGGAAGCUCAAUUCCAAAUAUCUGGGCCAGAACGAUUGUCUGGGAAAGUAUCUUAUUCAUCAGGGCCAUGGCAGGACGAAGAAGACAAUAUCCUUCUCAAUGCCCGCUCCCGGGGCCACGGAUGGAAACAAAUCCAGAAGGAGUAUUUCCCUUCCAAAUCGUCAAAUGCGUGCCGUAAAAGAUACGAGCGGCUUAUAGCAAAGAAACGUGGGAGUAGUUGGGACGAGGCCAAGUUUGAGAAACUUGGCAUUCUGUAUAAGCAGCUACGCGAACAGAUAUGGAUGCCACUAGCUGAUGCUAUGGACGAAUCAUGGGAGGAUGUUGAGAAAGCUUGUUUCGGGCGUGGUCUCAGGUCUUUGAAAAAUGCGCGAAAGAUCAGAUCAGAUAAUAGUAUUGAAAACCGCAAGGCAAACAUGCACGGCGAACAUGAGAUGCCGCAAACGAGUAAGAAAAAUGCUAUGCCAAGGCUGGAACAGCUCCUCUCCUGACUGGAGAAUCUCACUUAUACUAUGUAUUUUUGCUCCUGCGAGGGGACUAUUCUAUCAUUUACUCUUGCUUUCUUUUUGCGGAGAUUGGAUUUUUUUUUUUCUUUUUUUUCUUUUCUUUCUUUUUUUUGGUUUCUUUUAUUUGAACGGUUUCCUUGAACCAUGUUCUGUGAAUAUCUGCCACCUUGGCAGUUUUUUCCC